UUCUUCAACAAUAAUGUCUCACACUUUUUCUUCUGAAAUUCACAAGUACGAUGCAUUUCUGAGUUUUAGAGGUGAAGAUACACGAAGAACAUUCGUGAGUCAUCUCUAUAACGCUUUAGUACAAGGAAGAAUUGAUGUUUUCAAAGACGAUGAGCGUCUAGAAAUCGGAAAAUCAAUUUCUGACGAACUACCAAAAGCUAUAGAAGAGUCUAAAUUUGCUAUAGUGAUAUUUUCUGAAAGCUAUGCAUCAUCAAAAUGGUGUUUAGACGAGCUUGCACACAUCAUAAAGUGUCGAAAGGAAUUGGACCAAAUCGUAAUUCCUAUUUUCUAUAAUGUGGAUCCAUCAGAUGUGCGUCAUCAAACUCAAACUUUUGCUGAGUCUUUUUCCCAACAUGAGGAAAAAUACAAAGACGAUAUCGAGAAGAUUCAAAGAUGGAGGGAUGCAUUUGCGGAGUCUGGGAAAAUAUCAGGGUAUCAUUUGCAAAAUUACAAGUAA